AUGCCGAACCGCAAAGGGGCGCGCAACGCGUAUUAUUUCUUCGUGUUGGAGAAGUUGCCGGAGCUGAGGCGGCGCGGCCUGGCUGUGGCGAGCGUGUCCGAGGCCAUCCCGCACUGCUCCGAGGAUUGGGCGAUGCUGACUGAUGAACAAAAAGAAAAGUAUGCAGAAAAAGCUCGUCAAUGGAAAGCUAAGAAAUUGGAAAAGCCACCCUGCCAAGUCACAGCACCUCUUCCCACACAAACCCAGAAUAGAGUUCCUGUUUCAGACAUCAGCAGUGCACUUAGGAAGUGUGAUCAAGUUGUACUUGAAACCUCAUUCUAUUUCCUGAAUAUCUUCAGCCAUGGAGUGUUACCCCCUCAUUGCAAUCAGCGUUUCCUUCCUUGUGAAAUUGGCUGCAUCAAAUACUCGCUUAAGGAUGGCAUAAUUGCAGACUUCCAUCAUUUUAUAGAUCCUGGAGAGGUACCACGGGGAUUUCGUUUUCAUUGCCAGGCUGCAGGUGAUAUUACACACAAGAUUCCCAUAUCUGGUUUUGAGCUGGCAACUGCAAAUCAUUCUGUUGUGCUACGUGAGCUAUACACAUUUAUCCAGCCACAUUGGGGCACAUGGCCACCUGUGUAUUGUAAGUCUGAUGAUCACUUUAGGGUCAACUGGUGCCUGAAUCACAUGGCUAGAGAAGCAGGCACAGUAAAUCAUCUAGUGCUUCUCAGUGCGGAAGACCUUGUUGUGGAUCUGUAUUAUCAGAAGCUUCAAAAAGAGCCUUCUAAGACUUGGGUGUGUAACACACUGGAUGCCUCCAUGUGGGAUUAUUCAGUCAAUACCAGGUGCAGGUGGCAUGAAGAAAAUGAUGUGCUAUUCUGUGCUCUUGCUACUUGCAAGAAAAUUGCGUAUUGCAUCAGCAAUUCUCUAGCCAAUAUGUAUGAAAUCCAGCUAACUUCAUCACAUUUACCCCUACGUGAGAAGGAUUCUCAAAGCACGAUUAACCCUAAGAUGAUAGUACUGGAUGCUGGCCGUUUCCAGGUCAUUUAA